AUGUCCUCUUGUUUACAAGGAGUAGCAGAGCUCCAGCAGCGUUUAAAGCUCAAGGAAGUUGACAAGGCCAACAUCCAAAGUGUCUACGCCAACCUUGUCAAAACUUGCAUCGCCACCAAGAAUUUGAAAGAGGGCAGGCUCUUGCACUCCUUGAUUCUCAAAAGCCAGCUCAAGGACGAUGCCUUUCUCGACAAUCUGCUCAUGGACAUGUACGGGAAAUGCGGCAGCCCCGAGGAAGCGCGCACCAUCUUCGACAAGAUGGAGAACCCUAAUGUGUAUUCGUGGAAUAUCAUCGUUACCGCAUAUGCCCAGGCAGGGCAUCUUGACGACGCACGCGCUUUGUUCGAUAAGAUGGAAGACAGAGAUGUGGUGUCGUGGAAUGGAAUCAUUGCGGCCUACUCCCGGCAAGGUCGCGUGCGAGACGCCAAUGAGCUCUUUCAGAAGAUGCCGGCAAGGAACACAGUGACUUACACGACAAUGCUGUUGGGAUAUACCGAGCAUGGGGAUCUUGCCAGCGCAAUGACGCUGUUUCGCGAGAUGCCUUUCCAAAACGCUGUGUCGUGGAACACUAUGAUCGCGGCGUAUGUCCGCCGUAGCGAUGUGGCCUCGGCAAAGAAAAUGUUUGAAACGAUGCCAGCGUGGGACGUCAUCACCAUGAGCGCUAUGAUCGCGGCAUAUGCCCAGGCAGGGAAUCUGGAGGAAUCUGAGAAGCUCUUUGCGGAGAUGCCGGAGAGGACCAUCGUGUCCUGGAACUCGAUGAUCACGGUCUACGCUCAAAAGGGCCUACUGCAAAAAGCAAAGAGAGUGUUUGACUCCAUGCCCGACAAAGAUGUCGCCUCGUGGAACGCAAUCAUCAAUGCGUAUGCCGCGAGCGGGCAUUUGGAAGAGGCCAGCCGCGAGUUCCGCCACAUGCCACGACGCGACCUCUGGUCGUGGAAUAUUAUGGUCCGCGCGUGUUCCCUAGACGGAGACCUGGAGACCGUCAAGUCAAUGUUUGACCGGAUGCCGCAGCGGAACGUGGUCACGUGGACCGGGAUGCUGUCGGCAUAUGCUCAGAAUGGGCAUCUGGCGGAAGCUCGCGCCAUCUUCGACUCCAUGCCCGACCGAGAUCCGGUUGCUCACAAUGCGAUGAUUCAGGCCUACGUGGCAGGCGGGCGUUUGGAAGAGGCGGAGCUCCUGUUUGAGCAGCUGGAACACAGGGACGUGGUGGUCUGGAACACAAUGCUGGCGGCUUACACGCCGGCCAGCAUUGACCGCGCCAAGAAGCUGUUUGACGCGAUGCCUGUGUGGAGUGUUGUUUCCUGGACGACGAUGAUUGCCGGGUACGCGCAGGCCGGUCAGCUCCAGACCGCCAAGUCAAUGUUUGACUCUGUGCUGGAGAGAAACCUGGUGUCGUGGAACGCGAUGAUCCAGGCUUAUUGCGACAGCGGGAAUGUUCCACAGGCCAAGGCCAUGUUUGAUGCCAUGCCCGUGAGGGACAUGUUCUCGUGGAGUAUUAUGCUGUCGGGAUUUGCCACGAAUGGGGAGUUUGAUGGAGUGGAGCGAGUCUUUAACUCCAUGCCUGAAAAAAACAUAGUGUCAUGGACGGCGAUGGUGUGGGCGAUUGCGCAAAACAAGGGAGUGGAGGAAGCAAAGGUUUUGUUCGACAAGAUGCCCGACUAUAGUGUCGUGGCACUCAAUGCAAUGGUGGCGGCAUAUGCCCAAAAUGGGUAUAUCCAGGAUGCCAAGCGAAUGUUCUAUGCCAUGCCCGCGCAGGAUGUAGCGUCUUCCAAUUGCCUCGUUGCAGGGCUCUCGCAAGAUGGGGAUAUUGAUGGAGCUAAAAGGCUGUUUGAUCGCAUCCCCAAGCACGACCUCGUUUCAUGGAGCACAAUGGUUGGAACAUUUUGCAACUAUGGCUACAGUAGCGAGUGUCUGGAUCUCUUCCGAGCCCUUGAAGCUGAGGGCAUCGAGCCUGACGAGAUCAUAUUCGUGUCCACCAUCAAGGCUUGCAGCUUCAAAGGUAUGGUUGAAGAGGGCUGGAAGUUUUUCCGCUUGUUAACCAUGGAUCAUAAGCUCAAGACGAUCAAGGAGCAUUACACUGCAAUGGUGGAUGUUUUGGGACGAGCGGGACGGUUUCAAAGGGCCAUUGACCUUAUAAAUUGCAUGCCUUUUGUUCCUGAUGUUGGAGAGUGGGGCUCUCUGCUUGGAGCGUGUGUGAUCCACCGUAACAUUGAGCUGGGACAAUAUGCGGCUGAGCGUGUCUUUGAUCUGGAGCCUGGAAACUCAGCUACUUAUGUGCUGCUUGCAAAUCUCUAUGAGGGAAAAGAAGCUCUGGCUGGUAAGGCAUGCCAGAGAUGA